UGCGUCUGACGUCAGAGCGUCAGCUGGCCGAAUGUUUACAUCCAGCAGUGAUGUGUUUCUGAGUGGAUCCCCCAACAACAAAAGGCUGAAUACAAGGAAAAGCGCAGAGACAGAGAAUAACAGGCGGCAUUUCUACGAGUCAGGAUGGGUGGAGCUGUGAGUGCCGGUGAGGACAAUGACGACUUGAUUGACAACCUUAAGGAGGCUUAUUACAUCCGCUCAGAUCUAGUGGAGCGGGCUUUCCGAGCUAUCGACCGAGCGGACUAUUACCUGGAUGAAUACCGGGAUAACGCAUAUAAGGAUCUGGCAUGGCGGCAUGGAAACAUCCACCUGUCUGCUCCGUGUAUUUACUCUGAGGUGAUGGAGGCUUUGGAUCUCCACCCUGGACUCUCCUUCCUCAACCUUGGCAGUGGGACAGGCUACCUCAGCACUAUGGUCGGCCUCAUUCUGGGGCCCUUUGGAGUGAAUCAUGGCAUAGAGUUACAUGCAGAUGUGAUCGAGUACGCCUACCAGAAGCUCGACUCCUUCAUCAAAACCAGUGACAGUUUUGACAAGUUUGAGUUCUGUGAGCCGUCCUUCGUGGUGGGAAACUGCCUGGAGAUCCCUCCAGAGAGCCGUCAGUAUGACAGGGUGUACUGUGGAGCCGGCGUGCAGAAAGAGCAUGAGGAUUAUAUGAAGAACCUGCUCAAGGUGGGAGGCAUCCUGGUGAUGCCUCUCGAGGAAAAGUUGACCAAGAUCACUCGAACAGGAUCGAACAGCUGGGAGACCAAAAAGAUCAUCUCUGUGUCCUUCGCCCCUCUGGUCCUGCCCAAACACAGCACAAACAACAAACCCAAGACUGCCCCGCUACCCAAGUAUGAGGUGCGAUCAUUACAGGAACUGGCCCGUAUCUGCAUCCGCCACACCCUCAGAGUGACCACGGAUGGAGGAGACAGCCACUCCCGUGGCCGAGGCUCCUCAUUCAGCGUUGGCAGGGGCUUGGCGGUGGCAGGGCUCCAUAAGUAUGGCCCUCGCUUCAAACGCAGGAGGGUCAACCGGCGCCACUGCAACGCCCUUGUCCUAGCCACCCGGCAGGUGGUAGCCAGCAGUGGGAUCGGCCCCGCUUCCCUGGACAACAACAACAACCAAGGAGGACGAGGAGCAGAGGAAGAGGAGGAGGCAGGAGAGAGGGAGGCGAGGCGGCAGAUGAGAGGGGGUAGGAGGGUGGGGAGGGGAUCUGGAGGCGGGGCAGUGGUGGUGGAGGAGGAGGAGACGGUGGAGGAAGAGGAUGAAGAGGAGGAGCAGGAAGAGGAGGAGGAGAAGGAGACGGGUGAGCUGCUCCGACCCCAGCCCGCCGUGAACAUCCUGAGAGAAAGGAUCCUGGGGCUGCCGCUGCCCGAGCCUCUGAAGAUGUACCUGCUGUACUACAGGGAGAAAUGAGCUGCAGCCAGGUCCUGAGUCAGAGCCGAGAGCUGAAAUCCUGCAGGGGCUCAAGCCUCCGUUCCAAUCCCACCACCACCUGUACAGGCAGGACAAUACACCUUACUGACCCCAAGCACCACCAUGGGUCUGUUUCUCUCUUUCUCUCUCUUACCUGCCCUCAUCCUCUCCAUCAUCCACCCUCUUUCUGCUCCCUCUUUUUCCUGCUGCUCUUUACUCGAGUCAUUUCCUGGUGCUGUGAAGAGUCAGCUCCAUAUGUCCAGUGGAGGGGGGAGAGAGGGUUUUAGAGAUGUAAAUUUUGGACCUCCUUUGAGGUACUGAAAGACACAAAUUGGUAUAAAAUACAUAAUACACCAUUUAUGAAUUA